GUUUGAUUGGACGAUGAACAUAUACAACGCCGCGGCUUCCGUGGUGGACCGCGUCCGGGCCAAGCAUGGCGGGAUUCGAUCAGCGCUGUAUGCGCUGCCUAUCAACCACGCCCUUCGACCCACCGUGCAGGCCCUUGCACAGGAAAGCCUAAAGCACGCAGACGUGCUUGUCGCAGCGGCUACGUCCUGCGGCCUGCUCGCCGCACUGAACACCAUCGACGCUGCGGAGCGAGUCGACGCCAAACGCUUCAACACCCUGCCAUCGUUUUCGCCAGAAAAUCUCCUCGUGGUUCUGGCAUAUGAGCUACUUAUUGGACCUCGGCGAAAGCUGAAAGGAGCGCACACCGGGUCGAUCCAACUUGUUCGCGAGGCUUCGCCGUCGUUGACCACGUACUUGGAGACGUACCACAGCGCGUUGAUCAAGCCAGUCGUUGCAAAGGUCACAGCUGCGGACAACGCGUUUCCUCGCUACGUUCGCGUGAACACCCUUAAAACGACCCCCGAGGCCGCCAAGGCAGUGUUCGUCAAGGCCAAGAUCCCAGUUCACAUCCACGAGUUCGUUCCCGAGCUAUUGGUGCUGCCCCCUGGUACCAACCUCCACGGCCAUCCGUUGAUCAAGAAGGGCUGCUUGUUCGUCCAAGACUUGGCCAGCUGUCUCCCGGUCGCAUGCCUCGCCCCCCAAGCGAGCGCGCACGACUUCGCCAUCGACACGUGCGCCGCUCCUGGCAACAAAACCACCCAACUGGCGGCAAAGUUGGCGUUGGGGAAGCCCAAGAACUGUCGCGUGCAAGUGGUAGCUUUUGAGCGUGCGCCAGCCCGGGCAAAGUCGCUGCGGGCCACCGUCGACAAGGCCAGCGCAGGCGACGUCGUGUCUGUCGUUGAAACCGACUUCUUGACCAUCGACGUGGCCGAUCCGCGGUGGAGUCCUGCAACACUGGCGUUGUGUGACCCGUCGUGCUCGGGGUCUGGCAACGUCAAGGUCGGCGAAGCCCCCGUGGAACACUCCAAGGAGGAUCUGCAGGCGUUGGCCGACCACCAAGUGGCCAUCGUCCGCCAAGCCAUGUCUCUCCCCAACAUGCGCACAGUCGUGUACUCAACGUGUUCUACCCAUCAAGUCGAGAACGAGGAUGUCGUCGAUCGCAUCUUGACCUUGUGCAAAGGCACGUGGCGACUCGGCAAGGCGCUGCCGGAAUGGCCGCAGCGUGGCGAAGGACCCAGUCGCAUGGCGCCCAAGUGUGUGCGCGCCUCACAUGCCCAGGACACCCAUGGCUUCUUUGUGUGUAUUUUCGAAAAAACGGUCGCAUUGCCAGUGUCAGCUGAAACUGCAAAGCAAGGUGGAAGAAAUGCAGGGCAGACAGGGCCACCAAAAUCCUCGAACGACAAGAAACGAAAGCGACAGGCAUCGGCGGCGGCUACCCCCAACUCGAAAAAGCUCAAGUAACUAGCUGAACAACGCCUUGGAUUGCUAGCUGUACCAGUAAUUGUUUUUCAUUUAUGGUUGACAGCAUAAAUGAAAAAUUUGAUCCCAGUUUUUGA